UUGUUGCUUUAAUUUAGACAAUGAACAAAAGUGUAAUAAUCUUUGAAUCCAUAAACUGUCUUUGAACAAAUGAAAUGUGUUUAAAGCUACAUUUAUAAUAGAGCAAAAUACAAAAAUUAUAUGACAUGUUAUUGUAUUAUUUAGAAGGAGGAAGAUUGCGAUACGUUGAUAAUGCAGAUAAUGCUUGUUGAGAUAAACACACGACUUGAUUUUAUUUUAACUCAUUCCUAUAUAUUGAAACAAUACUGGCAGUUAUAUCAAAGGAUAAAAACUGUCGCACUCAGGUUAUUUGGGUAUAAGUUUCGGCAAACGUUGGACGCUGUGGCGUGGUCGGGAAAAACCGGCACGGAACUUCGGAUUCAGUUGAACGCAUGGCAGGUCAGUGGGUGGCGGGGAGUGCGUCGGGCGCGGCGUUCUCGUCCGCGCUGCAGUUCUUUGCGGCCGCGCAGUGUCUGCUCGGCGAGUCCUGGCCACCACACUCCAACAUCCGCAAUGGUUCUAGUUACGACGUGAUCAUAGUGGGGGGAGGCAGUGCGGGCGCAGCGCUGGCGGCGCGGCUCAGCGAGCUCAGCCGAGUCGGCGUGUUGCUGAUUGAGGCAGGGGGCGACCCACCGCAAGACUCUAUUGUACCCGGUUUCAAAGAUGUGCUAAAAGCGAGUCCGUAUGACUGGAACUUCACGACGGCCAACGAUGAAUUCUCGAGCCAGGCGCUGCAAAGCGGCAGUCAGAGCCAGCCUCGCGGGAAAAUGUUGGGCGGCAGCGGUAGCUUGAAUGACAUGGUCUAUGCUAGGGGCUUCCCCGCUGAUUACGAUGACUGGGGUGAUGAAGAGUGGACGUGGGAUAAAGUACUGCCAUAUUUUAAGAAGACGGAACAUUUAACAGACGAAAGGAUAGUCGACGACCCCGAGCUGGCCGAGUACCAUGGUUUCGGCGGGGAGAUGGAGGUCUCAGGGAGGAAUGAGUCUACCCACACCACCGACAAGUUUAUUGAAGCAUUUCAGGAAUUAGGAUUUCGCCUCGUUAAAGAUAUGACAAAUCCGCAAAAUAUUGGAGUGGGACGAUUCUCUCACAAUAUGAAGGAUGGCCAGAGACACAGCUCACUCACGGCGAUGCUUAAUAAGGCAGGAAAUAGAAAAAAUCUGUUUGUUUUGAAAGAGUCGCAGGUUGUUAAAGUUCUAAUGGAAAAUAAUACAGCAGUGGGUGUUCAAGUUGUGAACGAAGAUGAAGUGUAUCAUUAUUAUGCGAACAAGGAAGUUAUUUUAUCAGCGGGUACAUUUAAUUCUCCUAAGCUAAUGAUGCUCUCGGGUAUCGGACCGAAAAAGCAUUUGGAGGAAUUAGGAAUAGAGGUAAUAAGGGAUUUAGCCGUCGGUGAAAAUCUCCACGACCACGUGAUGGUGCUUACUUAUUUGUCUGCAGAUAAUGGAACUUGUUUUUCCGACGAACGAAGUAAAUACUUAGAUGCGAUAAAAUACUUGUACGAUCGCAGCGGUUCGUUUGCGAGGACGUCGGAUGUCGCGGUCUACAUAUCGUUGUCGGGCUCAGCGCAAGCCAAUGUUCCCGACUUCGCCAUCUACCCGAGCUGCUCGCCGAUAGGCAGCAAUUUUUAUGCAGGUUGCGUGAACGUUUUGAGGUUCAAGAAAGAGAUAUGCGACAAACUGCACGCCGAAAAUAUGGAAAGGGAGUUGAUAACUUUAGCUGUCGUGAUACUGAAACCAAAAUCGAGGGGACGAGUACGUUUGAAAUCCACAGACUAUUUAGACUCACCUCUAAUACAGACUGGCACGUUCAGCGAUCUGAGGGAUUUGGAAGGGUACCCCGAAGCGAUGGACUUCGCGUUUGGUCUCGUGAACACGUCUUACUUUCAGUCUAAAAAUGCCCGUGUGAUAGAUUUAAAUAUUGAGGAAUGUAGAGAACUGGAAGGCGACAGCAAAGUGAAAUGCAUAGCGCGAUGUUCGGCGAUGUCGGCGUGGCAUUCAGUGGGCACGUGCGCGUUGGGCAGCGUGCUGGACAGAGAGCUGCGCGUGCUCGGCGUGCGAGGGCUGCGCGUGGCCGAUGCAAGUGUCAUGCCCAGCAUCAUCCGCGGCAAUUCCAACGCGCCAGUCGUCAUGAUCGCAGAGAGAGCCGCCGACUUCAUCAAACAGACUUUAGAAGUGAUUUAACAGUAAAUAUUUAUUUUUGUUACAUUGAGUGAGUAUUAGUAACUGUUCAACUCUUUAAAAAUAUUUUAAGGAAAAAUUAUUGACAAAUAAACUUAAGCAU